AAUAACAGCUUUAGUGGCGUACACGGCCACUUACUUCAUAUUUAACAUUUAAGCACUGUAUUCUAAUUAGAUAUAUUUUUACAGUUCUGCCUCUUCUCUCUCUCGCGCUCUCUCAUUCGCUUGUUUACUUAGAAUUAGAAAAAAAAAAUUUUUUGUCACAGCCACGGAAAACAGGUUGGAAACAGUGAGCACGCGCCGCACACAUUUUAAGGUGACCUAACAUAUGGAGGAUUUAUCACCGGUUUUAUAUGAACCGACUUCGUCUAAAUACUUUCUGAUCAUAGAGCGUUCUAUGAUGUUUUAUGUCGCUAAAUAAAAUAGGCAUAUAUAUAUAUAUAUAUAUAUAUACAGCAACGCACGGGACUUAAAGAUGUUAACAAGGCUAAAUAAUAGACAGUUGCAAGAGGCACCUUAAGAAUGAGACGAACUGUGGCUCCGCCUUAAUUGAAAGUACCUUCUUGUACACGCGUUUCUCUCAAUCUGCUGCUUGGGUUAGGAUUUCAAUCAUCAAAUCAAUGCAUAGUGAUCAAAAAUGAAUUUCAGCGACGCCAAGGAUAAUAUCCUACAAAUACUGAGCAGAACAGACUCUCAGGAUCUUACUAAACUCAUCAGUUGGAUGAAGCAUUCAGAUGAUCUUGAUAAUUACUUGGUUGACAAUCAGAGAGCUAUACUCCAAAGUAUUGCAGAUGAUCUGAGGUGUUCUCUUCCCUUGGAAGCAAUGUUUCCUUCAGAGACCAUGGCCAUUCAGAAGACUCAACAGAACCCCAAACCUACUAUGCAUGUUGAUGCAUUUUUGUAUGAUGAGGAAACUGUAGAUAGUCUCUGUGAAGAGGGCAAGAUGAGUCGCAACUUCUGUCUCACUUGCGGAUCACAUAGAACAGCUCCUAUGGAAUUCAUCUCGCAUUCCUUCUCAAUCUCUGAGCUCCAGUUCCUGUUUCUUCGCGUUCUCCCAGAUCUGUCAGGAAAGUUGGUAGUAGAUGUGGGUUCCAGGCUUGGUGCAGUGCUUUAUGGGGGCUACCUCUACAGUACAGCAGCACAACUAGUUGGGGUAGAAAUAUGUGAAGAGUUUGUCAAGCUUCAGAAAAUGACUGUGGAGAAAUAUGGCUUUAGUGACAGAAUUCAGAUGAUACAUGCAGAUAUAUGCUCUCAGGCAGUGUUGUUGCAAAAUGCAGAUGUGCUAAUAAUGAACAAUGUGUUUGAGUACUUUAUGGAGCCCACAGACCAAGUAAGAGCAUGGCAGUUCAUUAGCCAAAAUUUCUUAAAGAAAGGUGCAUUGUUGGUUACAGUUCCAAGCAUUCAAGAAGCUCUCAUGUCACUGCAAGAAACAAAUGGAGUACCAGCAAUUGGCCAUUGGUUGCAAGAAGUACCUCUUGAUUAUAGUGUUUAUCUACAAAAUGACGCAGACCCAGAUUCCCUCAAGCAAAUACAUCUUUACACAGUAAUUUGACAUCAGCACACAGAAUGACCACUGUAUAAAACUGCUUAUAUGAGUAUUUAGGAAAGUGAAUUUUAUGAAGGACUUUUCAUAGUAGAUUUACAAGUAUUAAAAUCAGUUUUAACAUGAUCUGUGUGCAGCAAUCCAAUAUAGCUUAUGAGCUUGGCACAGAGGUGCAGGGGUUAGUUUUGACACCUCACAACUCCAUGAUCCCAGGUUGGCAUAAUAUUAUGAGCACCUCCCUAAUAUUGUGUUGGUUCCACUUUUGCUGCCAAAACAGCCCUGAUCCAUCGAGGCAUGGACUCCACUAGAUCCCUGAAGGUGUGCUGUGGUAUCUGGAACCAAGAUGUUAGCAGCUUUACACCCAUUACAAUUUGGCCCUUGUCAAACUUGUUCAAGUCCUUACGCGUUCCCAUUUUUCCUGUUUUUAACAAAUCAACUUUGAGGACAAAAUAUUCACUUGCUGCCUAAUGUAUCCCACCUGCUAUCAGGUGCCAUGAUGAGGUGAAAAUCAGUGUUAUUCACUUAUAACCUGCCAGUGGUCAUAAUGUUAUGCCUGAUCAAUGUAGUCUGUGUGGAGUUUCUGUGUAUGUAAUCUUUAUGUCCAGGUUUCCUCCUCCAGGUUCUCUGGUUUCUCUCCCACCACCCCAAAAUGCUAGUAGAUUGCCUGGAAGAAUUUGGUACAAAAUUUUGGUACAAUACACGUUAUAGAUUUACACACCAUGGUACAUUUACUGUAUGGUCGAAAGUUCUCAUUCAGCCACAAAAGAAUUCCACAGGUCAGGCACAGAUGUUGGUGUAAAGACCUGGGGCACAGUCAUGUUCCAAUUUAUCGCUAAGUUCUUUAGUGUGUUUGAAAACAGGGAUCUGUUCAGGCCACAUGUGUUCUACUACUUCAACCUCGGCAAACCAUGUGUUCAUGAACCUCUCUUUGUGAAGAUGGGGAGUGUCAUGUUGGAACAGGUUUGGGCCUCUUAUUUCUAGUGAAGGGAAAUUGUAAAGCUGCAACAUACAAAGACAUUCAAUACAAUCGAGUGCUUCCAACAGUUUGGGGUCGGAAACCACAUAUAUAGGUGUGAUGAUGAGGUGUCUACAUACUUGAGGCUGUACAGGCAGUGCUUUGGACAAAUAUGCCUUUUUCUGACUUCUUUUUUUUUUCCAACUUGCUAAUGAGCCAGUGAAUGUCAAUGAAACUUUUGAUGACUGACAUUGGUUUAAUGUUUGAAAUAUUGUCAAAUAUUGUGUAGACAGCUCAUAAUGCCCCUUGUUUAAAAAUAAAACCUUGUUU